CACGAUAAACCCGUGUUUCAACACUCCCCACUCCUUUUCAUAAUCGGGUUUGAAGCCUUCUCCAGAUUUCUAAACAACUCCAUGGACUGCAACAAUAUCAAACGUUUCAACAUGGGUAGUGUGAAGAUGCCUAGUCACCUUAUCUAUGCAGAUGACUUGAUGAUAUUCACUAAGGGGGACAUCCUCAACCUCCUUAAACUUAACAAUAUUCUUAAAGUUUAUAUGCAGGCAUCGGGGCAGCAGAUUAAUCUUUCAAAGAGAAGGUUCUACACUCCCAAAUCCACCUCUACGGAUCAACAAGCCAGAAUGGCAAGAGCUCUGUCCAUGAACUGUGGUAGUCUCCCCUUCACCUACUUGGGAGCUACCCUUCGUAGGGGUAUUCUUAAAAAAGAAGACUGCAAUGGUCUUUUGAGCCAUGUCUACAAACACCUCUCCUCUUGGUAUAGCCGAACUCUCAAUCAAAUGGGAAGAUUAAUCCUCAUAAAACGCGUCCUCUCAUCCAUCCCACUCCAUCUCAUUGUCGUUCAAUCCCUCCCAAGAUCCAUCAUCAGCACUCUACACUCCCUUAUGGCCAACUUCCUUUGGGGCCAUAUGGAUGGUAGGGCUAAAUACCACUGGAGGAACUGGAACUUCACAUGCCAAAACAAGAAUGCAGGUGGCCUAGGGAUCAGGGACCUUCUUCACAUGGAGACAACAUACUCUCUCAAACUUUGGUGGAAAGCCCAGCACGAUCAAGGUCUAUGGGCUAAACUUGUUAGAGCAAAGUACAUGAAGAAUGGUAACAUCAAGGAACGCCUCCCAGAUUCCCCAACUUGGAAGAGAAUUUGUAGAGUACACUCUCUUGGUACAACUCAUAUGCAUUGGACCAAUGGACAAGCACUUUGGGAUAAUGGACAGUUCUCCCUCAAACUUGCCUUUAAUGCCACAGAAGAGAAACUCCCGGUACUCCUCUCAACCAAAUUUAUUUGGCACAAAGCACAAAUCCCUAAACUGCGUUUCUUCCAAUGGAAGAUCUUCAACAACUGUCUUCCUUUCCCCAACAACCUCAGAAGAUUCAACCUGACACUACCUAGUCGUUACAGCUUCUGCCUCAACAACGAGGAAAGCUUGGAUCACUGCCUCGUGAACUGCACCGAGAGCAAAAAAAUGGCAUCGAAUAACACGUACAGUCAUUCCAUCAACCUGCGCUAUAUCCUCAAGAGCCAAAAACUCUCUAGGGAAAACUUUCUUGACUGGGAGAAGAACCUCCGAAUCGUUCUUGACUGUGAGAGGAAACUCUACAUCCUCGAAAUAGAUCCUCCCAAGACCCCUGCGGCUAAUGCUCGUGCGUCCGAACUCACUUCCUUCAAGAAGUAUGAGGACGACGCGCGAGAUGUUAAGUGUAUCAUUAUGGCCAGUAUGACCGCGGAGCUCCAAAGGCUCCACGCGGACAUGGAAGUGCGUCCUAUGGUACAACGCUUGAGAGACCUUUACCAGGGUCAACCCCAAAACUCAGAUAUUUACGUUAUCGAAGUCAAUAUGUCUAAUUUCACCUCUUGGGUGAUGGUUACCGGAUGUGGUUACCACAUCUGUACUUCAAUGCAGAAUCUGCAUGAAGUUAGACAUUUGACUGAGGGAGAAGUCCAGCUUAAGGUCGGAAAUGGAGCACUUGUCAAUGCGCUGGCUGUAGGAACUUAUGUGCUAUCUCUCCCUAGUGGCUUUUUGUUGCAUUUAAAGAAUUGUUUGUUUGUACAUGCAAUUAACAGGAAUAUCAUUUCUGUGUCCUGUCUUGACAAAGCAGGAUUUUCUAUUAACGUCAAAGACAAGUGCCUUUCGGUUUUCAGAAAUGAUAUUUACUAUGCAACUGCUAAGAUGACCAAUGGUCUUUAUAUCUUAGACCUAGACGCCACUGUUUAUAACGUAGACGUUAAGAGAAGCAAACCAAACAGUUUGAAUCUCACAUACCUUUGGCAUUGUCGUUUGGGCCACAUUAACGAGAAACGUAUAUCUAAGCUACGUCACUCUGGCGUACUUGAUUCAUUUGACCUCGAGUCUUAUGAUGUAUGCCAAUCUUGUUUACUCGGUAAAAUGACAAAGGCUCCAUUCACCGGUCACGGUGAAAGGGCGAGUGAUGUAUUAGGCCUCAUACACUCUGAUGUGUGUGGCCCAAUCAACACUGAAGCUAGAGGUCGUUUCUCAUACUUUGUAACAUUUACUGAUGACCUGAGUCGGUAUGGAUAUGUGUAUCUCAUGAAACACAAAUCGGAAUGCUUUGACAAAUUCAAAGAAUUCAGAAACGAAGUAGAGAAACAGUUAGGCAAAAGUAUCAAGACCCUCCGCUCGGAUCGAGGAGCACACACACUCAAUCGCGUACCAUCUAAGGCUGUUGAGAGCACACCAUACGAGCUAUGGCGUGGGACAAAACCAAAUUUGUCGUACUUGAGGAUUUGGGGUUGUGAUGUUUACGUUAGACGACUCAUGACGUCUGGUAAGCUGUAUUCCAAAUCUGACAGGUGUAAAUUUUUGGGAUACCCUAAGGAAACGAAAGGGUAUGAGUUCUAUCAUUCGACCGAUAACAAAAUCUUUGUUGCUCGGAACGGAACCUUCCUUGAGAAGGAGUUUCUCUCUGCUAUUUCUAGUGGGAGAGAGGUAGACCUCGAAGAAAUUCGAGAACCACAAGAAGAGAUCUCAAUAGCAGUGGAACCCGAGCGUCAGGAUUUAGUAUCUCGACCGGCUCAAGUUUUACCACGUAGGUCAGACCGGAUGCGUAAUCCUCCGGUUAGAUACGGCUUCCUUGUAUCUAAUGAAGGUGAUGAAAGGUAACCAUGCAAGGAUAGGCAGCGGAAUAUAAAAAUUUUAACAUCCUAACAUGAUUAUCUUGCUUAGAAUCACGUACUAAUUAAAACUUAUAGUGAGUA